AUGGCGGCCUACAAGCUGGUCCUCAUCCGGCACGGCCAGAGCGCCUGGAACCUGGAGAACCGCUUCAGCGGCUGGUACGACGCCGACCUGAGCCCAGCGGGCCACGAGGAGGCGAAGUGCGGAGGACAGGCUUUGCGAGAUGCUGGCUAUGAAUUCGACAUCUGCUUCACUUUCGUGCAGGAGAGAGCAAUCCGGACCCUCUGGACAGUCCUGAAUGCCAUUGACCAGAUGUGGCUGCCAGUGGUGAGGACCUGUCGCCUCAAUGAGCGACACUAUGGGGGUCUGACUGGUCUCAAUAAAGCAGAAACUGCUGCUAAGCAUGAUGAGGCACAGGUAAAGAUCUGGAGGCGAUCUUACGAUGUCCCACCACCGCCAAUGGAGCCUGACCAUCCCUUCUACAGCAACAUCAGUAAGGAUCGCAGGUAUGCAGACCUUACUGAGGACCAGCUACCGUCCUGGGAGAGCCUGAAGGACACUAUUGCCAGAGCACUGCCCUUCUGGAAUGAAGAGAUUGUCCCCCAGAUCAAAGAGAGGAAGAGAGUCAUGAUUGCGGCCCAUGGCAACAGCCUUCGGGGGAUCGUCAAGCAUCUGGAGGGUCUCUCAGAAGAGGCCAUUACGGAGCUGAACCUGCCAACUGGCAUUCCCAUUGUCUAUGAAUUGGACAAGAACUUGAAGCCCGUUAAACCCAUGCAGUUCCUGGGAGAUGAAGAGACCAUGUGGAAAGCCAUGGAAGCCGUGGCUACGCAGGGCAAGGCCAAGAAGUGAAGGCGCACAGACAGACUUCUGCCCCGAGACCCUCCUCCCUGCCUGUCUGCCUCCUGCGCCCUUCCCAGCACCCCUCACGU